AUGAAGCAGAAAGGGCGGUUCUGUCGUAGAAACGAUUCUCCGACAUGUUACAACCUCACGCCCCCCCGUCGUGCCACCCCUGCCACCAGCUGCGCCCUCCCCAGCAUCGAGCCCGCUUCUGCACACCUCUCCACCGCCGCUACGGCCACCUCCGCGAACGCCCCUUCCGUCCCCAGCUGCCGCCCCAUCUCGAACGCGUCCAGCUCCAACCCGCGCGCACCGCUCCCGUGUGAGAGUGACGCCCGCCGUACCAUCUCCGCCCACACGUCGCGCACGCCCUUGAUCAAGCCCAUAUCGGCGCCGAGGAAAGCGUCCUCGGCCUCUUGGAUCCGCAGCACGUUCACGUCCAAUUCCUCCCCGACCUUGCCGCCUUCUUGCAGGAUCGCCACCGCGUCCGAUACCGCCCGUGAUCCAUCCGUACCAGCCUCCCGCGCGUCUGCUUGCUCAAUCGAUUGCAAGCGGGCAUGCAAAAAGCUGUGCGCGCGCUCCAACACCUGA